AUGUCCAAAGCACCGCUCAAGAAGUCCGAAUGGGAGAGGCAACUCUCGGUCAUCAAUGUCGCCAAAGACGAGGUACAACGUGUCGACGCAGAGACCGCCGUCGGAAGCGCUGCCACGAACGAAUGGCAGAGCAUCGACCUCCGCCCUUCCGUCAGGAAUAUCGCGCUGACUCUAGAUCCUUUAAUUCACGACAGCGAUCUCAACCGGCUCGUCAUGGACUACCUCGUCAUCGAGGGCUACAAGGAUGCCGCCGACUGCUUUAGCAGGGAGAGCGGCCUCAAGCCAUUCGUCGACUCGGAAAGCAUCCUCAAUCGCAUGAUCAUCCGAGGAGCCAUACAGCGCGGCGACAUCGACGACGCCAUCGGUCGCGUCAACGAGCUCGAUCCAGAGAUUCUGGACAACAAUCCGCUGCUCUUUUUCCAUCUGCAGCAGCAGCGUCUCAUCGAGCUCAUCCGUGCUGGCCUGGUCAACGAGGCGCUCGCCUUUGCUGCCGAGGAGCUCGCGCCGCGCGGCGAAGAGCAUCCGGACCUGCUACCGGAGCUCGAGCGCACCAUGGCGCUGCUGGCCUUCGACGUGCCCAAAGCCGCGGGCGUGGUUGCCGCUGGCCCGCUCGCCGCACCCGCACAUGUCGCAGAGCUGCUGUCGCCGAGCCAGCGUCUCAAGACCGCCGGCGAGCUCAACGCGGCCAUCCUCGCAUCCCAGAGCCAGGGCCGAGAGCCCAAGCUGCCCCAGCUGAUCAAGAUGCUCAAGUACACCGAGGAGCUCAUGGGCCCCACGGGCCCGGGCAAGUUGGAGUUCCCACACCUCGAUCUCGAAGGCGCCCUCGGCAUCGGCAGCGCCAACGACACGCACACUGCCCAGCCUGAGUCGACGCCUGUUGUUUGA